AGUUAAUAUUCCUGCCAUUGCAGCAUCAAUCCUUGCAAGGCCUCAUUCUUUGUCUUGAGCUUGAGGCGGUGCUGGGCCUUAUGGUCGUCAACAGAGCAGCUGCCCAGACUGCAAGAGCCCGACCACGAUGAGCGGCCGGUUCCUCGCAGCUAGUCUGCGGCCUGUGGCGGCAAGAAAUACCUCCGCCGCCACCAGCGUUCGUCACUUACACCGAUUUCCAACUGGAGGCCUGUUGCGGGCUGAUGCCGCGAUCCGGGAGACUCGAAGGCGCAUGUGGUUUGGAGGCAAUUCCUUCCACAACCAGGUCAUUGUUCGAAAUGCCUCCUUUGUUCGCUUCCUGCCGAAGCUGGUGGUGAAGUUUGCCAGGAUUCCUGCCAUGUUUGGUGGGCUGGCCAUUGGCACCUUUGCCUGGGUUCAGUACCAAGCUACGCAGGCCGGCAACUAUGCCAUCUCAAUCUUCAACAACACCUUGGACACGGUGACGGGCACGGCAUCUAGUCUAUACGGGAGUGCCAAAGAUGUCGCCGAUCAAACACGCCAGGGAUGGGAAAACACAAAGGAGCGAGUGGAGGUGCCUGACUGGCUGAAAAAGAUGUUGGGGACUCCAGAGUCUCCAGGCUCUGGGGGCUCAGGAGGACCCAAUGGCGAUCCCAAGCACAGUAAGGUCGGCGCAGCUGCAGCUGUUGGUGCUUCAGCCGCCGCCGUUGGCUACGACAAAUCGGAAGAUGACGAUCCCAGAGAUUCGCUGCAAGGCUCCAAAGACGAUCAAAUGAUGGUUUUGACGAAGAAAAUGAUUGAAAUUCGGACCAUCUUACAGAAAGUCGGCCAGUCCAGCUCUCUUACUUUGCCAUCAAUCGUCGUCAUCGGCUCGCAAUCGUCUGGAAAGAGCUCAGUGCUGGAGGCCAUCGUCGGCCACGAGUUUCUGCCCAAGGGAAACAACAUGGUUACUCGGAGACCGAUUGAAUUGACUCUGGUCAACACACCCGACUCGGCUGAAGAAUAUGGAGAAUUCCCGGAUCUUGGUUUACGAAAAAUUUCCGAUUUUUCCUCGAUUCAGCGAACAUUGACAGAGCUGAACCUGGCCGUUUCGGACGCCGAGUGCGUCUCGCACGAUCCUAUUCACCUGACCAUCUAUUCUCGCAAUGUUCCCGAUCUUUCCCUCAUCGACCUGCCCGGUUACAUCCAGGUUGUGGGUCAGAACCAGCCAUUGCAGCUGAAACAGAAGAUUUCCGAAUUGUGUGACAAGUAUAUCCAGCCUCCAAAUGUCAUUCUCGCCAUCUCUGCCGCAGAUGUUGAUCUGGCCAACUCGGCAGCCCUUAGGGCAUCUCGCAGAGUCGAUCCCCGAGGUGAACGAACCAUUGGAGUCAUUACCAAGAUGGAUUUGGUUGACCCUGCCCGCGGUGCCACCAUCCUCAACGAUAAACAGUAUCCUCUUCGGUUAGGUUACGUCGGCGUUGUCUCAAAGGCGCCGACGUCACAGGGUCUUUUCAAAAUGGGCUCGUCAGAUCUCCUUUCCACCAUCGCCAAGAAUGAAAAUUCCUUCUUUUCCUCCCACCCUCUCGAAUUCGGACCAGACGCAGGCGUCAACGUGGGCACAAUAAAUCUUCGAAAGACAUUAAUGCGUGUUUUGGAACAGACCAUGUCAUCUAGCUUACAGAGCACAAGCGACGCUAUUAGACAGGAAUUGGAAGAGGCAACAUACGAGUUCAAGGUUCAGUACAACGAUCGCCCGCUCUCUGCCGAGUCUUAUCUUGCCGAGAGUCUCGACGCUUUCAAGCAUUCAUUCAAACAGUUUACCGAGGGAUUUGGGCGCCCGGAAAUGCACGAGCUUUUGAAGAGCGAGCUUGAUCAGAAAGUGCUGGACCUGCUGGCCGCAAGAUACUGGAAUAAGCCAGUGACGGACCUGGCGCCAGCGAAAUACGAUCUCGAUAGUAUCGCCGACCUCCCCAAGGCUGAUCCCGACUCUCUCUACUGGCGUCGCCAGCUGGACGCUUCAAUCUCGGCCCUCACCAAGCUUGGAGUGGGACGUUUGGCAACGACGGUCAUUGCCACAUCUCUUCAAGCUCAUGUUGACAAGCUACUGACCAAUUCAAGCUUUGUGAGCCAUCCUUUUGCAAAGAAGGCUAUCGUUGAAGCCGCGUCGACCAUUCUGAACGAGAGGUUCUACAGCACCAGUGAUCAGGUUGAGAACUGCAUUAAGCCCUUCAAAUUCGACAUUGAGAUUGAUGAAAGAGAGUGGAACCAGGGCCGUGAGCAUGUUGGCAGCGUGCUGAAGAAGGAGCUGCAGGACUGUGAGGCUGCGCUGGCCAGCUUAGAACCUGCUGUUGGUGGACGAAGGAAAUUAAAAGAGGUCAUGACCUUUAUAGAUAAGGCACGAAAAGGCGACAUCGCCGUAGAGGGCGAUGGACGAAGCGGUGCGGGAGGAUUUAGCGCUGCUCUUCUGAGUAAAGGCAGAGAAGCUGUCUUCCUUCGAGACAGGGCCGACAUCAUCAAGAUGCGAAUGCUGGCCGUCAAAGCCAAGCAGUGCAACAAUCCCAAGAACAAGUAUUACUGCCCAGAGGUGUUUUUGGAUGCCGCCGCCACCAAGCUGGCUUCCACGGCUGUUCUCUUCCUCAACGUAGAGUUGCUUUCCGAGUUCUACUACAACUUCCCGCGGGAGCUAGAUCUUCGUCUUGGACGACACCUGUCCGCAGAUGAAGUUGAGAAGUUCGCCAAGGAAGAUCCCAAGAUUCGCCGGCACCUUGAUGUCAUCCGGAAGAAGGAACUCCUAGAGUUGGUACUUGAGAAAAUGGACAGCCUGCGGCAAUUAGAAGGCAGAGACAGGGAACAUGGAGCGAACGGACGAAGAGGAGCGGCGAACAAGGACCGAGGACGGUGGGGGCUCUUUUGAGCUAAGCCUGUCAUCGCAAACCCCCAGAUUGCAGGCAUUCUGCACAUGUUAGCUAUUGUAUUGGCUUGUUCGGUUUAUGAACUCGAAUGUGUGGUGAUGACAUCUCUCCGCUAAAUUAUGACUGCUCAUUAUGCUUCGCUGAUUAUAUAAACUAUUGUCUAUGCGUCAAUCUAUGUAACUACCCUAGUCUAGUUGAACAAACACAGAGCGUUGAGAAUAAGGAAGCAUGCGAGCCUGACUGUUUCUUUUAAAUCAAAUGGUGGCAUCAACAGUCGUUUCUAGAGUCACUUCCCACCUCACAUUUCCUCCAGUGCCAUAGCCCUCUCCUAAUCUGUUUUGGAUCAAGGCCGAGAUACGAUUGCGCAGCUUUCCCAGUGCGAGCUCAUCGUACCCAUUUGUGAUGAUGACUUUUAGGUUGGCCAUACACAGGCCAUAGUGAACCUGCCAGAACUGAGCGCCUUCUACACGGGCGAUGCCCGACUCGGAUUCAAUCUCACGGAGGACGGCUGUGACGCCAACGUCACCCUUAUUGCCGCCAUAGCUCAUGAGGAGCAUCAAUCCCUGAGCAACAGCAACACGCAUGCCCAGACUAAACAUUGCAAGAGAAAUGACGGCGCAAAUUAGCCGGUCAAGCCAGGCAUACAAGGAAAUGGAUAGCAGGGGCAACAACGAAAUAAGGGCGGAGAAGAAGAGGGUGAGGAAGUGAAAGGGGUUGGAGAGGAUGCUGGGAAGAGUGGCCAGAUAGGACACUCUCAUGACUUUAGCAAUGCGCGCAUGGUUUUUCAGUCCAUAUGCAGACACGAGCGUGCUCGCAAUGGCAGCAGCCGACACAAGGUCAAGAGAGCCCGUGGAGAUUCGAUCGUGGUCAUGGUCGUGGUGGGCUUCGUGGUUGCCAACAGACUCGAGAAUGUGUUUGAGGUUGUGCGAGAGGAGGUCAAAUCCGCCGAAGAGCAGGAAAAUGGACAUGGCGAAUCCUGCCAGGAUCUCGGCUCGUUCAAGGCCAAACGGAUGUCUGAUACUGCUGCGGCGCCAAACUUCGAAAUUGCCCAGUACAUCGACAACGACACACACGGCAGCGCUACCGGCGUCGAAGAAGACAAGGUGAGACAGGGCCAUUGCCGCGAGGGAGCCGCCGGACCGAUAGAAGAUGAAGAUGGCAAUGGCGACAUGGCACAAGCCCCAGUAGAGCCGCAUUCGCUGGUCUCGCUGGAGGCUUUUCCAUGCUUCCUUGAUGGUGGGCGUCGGGAGCGAGGCGGGAAGGACGGGGGGCGGUCUUGGGGGCGGUUCUUGGAAGAUUUGGUGCUGGGCGGACACGCUACUGUGCUUGUAGCGAUGUCCACGACGCUGACCGACGUUGGAUUUGACCGGCGCGGUGGAUAUCACUUGGGUCUGGAAAUUGAAGGGAUUGGGGGCAGCAGCUCCCUGGCUGCCAUUCUGCAGAGAAUCCGCCUCGGAAGCCAUGAUUGCGUGACGAGCGAGUUUGUUGGUGUUUUUGAAGAAGUGCAACUGCAGCAAAGGCGAAGGCGGGAGGGCUGGCAAGCACUCGGGAUUCCCUCAGCCACGACUCUAUUGCCUUGCCAUGAUAACGGAGGUCGCAGGGGCUGCCAAUUGCAACUGCAAGCCCGACGAGUCAGAAGUUG